CCGCCAUUCUGCUGUGGGAUUUACGCAAGAAAUUUGGAUAUUUACUUCGAAAUUACACAUCCAGGAAUAUAUAAUACAAACGACUGAUUGGUUCUAAAGAAAAAACAAUAUAUCCGGACUGAUUUAAAGACAGUGUUAAAAGACUUUGAUCAGAAUUAAGUGUGUAAUUUUGCUAUGUCUGCGGGUGUUGACCAGAGAAAUAAAGGGCAGUCAGUGCAAGUUGCCAAUGGUGCCAAGCAAGAAGUAGUAAAGGACGGUUUCGAUUCUUACCUUCAAGCACCCCACCAGCCAGGCGUCUACAACUCUGCUCCGAUGUCAAGUCCGAACGUUUCUGAACACUAUGUUCCCCCGAGUUACUACCCAUCUGUGUCGUUCCCUUAUCUGAGCCAAGGACUUAGCGAAGGCCCGUGGUCAAAUGGAGGCGAUCAUAUGUCAUUCCUGGGCGGAUACGGACAGAUUAGCAAUGAUUAUAACAGUGGCAUGUUCAGUGGGUUUGGCUACAGCCAGCCUGGAUUCGGAUGGGACUUCACCGGUGGUGAGUACUCCUCCUGGGGCACAUCGCCACCUGCACAGCAGCAGGGAAAGCGUACGGAUGCACGCGGCUAUGCGGAAGAGUAUUACCACCCGGAGAGCUUGCAGCAGAUGGAUGCGUACGCUCCUCCCAUGAACGGGGAAUUGGAGCGUGGUGAUGGUAUAAGGACCAUUGAUCAGGGUCUCAAAGGUGUGAGCAUUAGUGAUGGGAGGGACGUGGAGCAGGUUUCUGUGAAAGAAAACUUGAACCCAAUACCCAGUGACCAAGUGGCCCAGAAUUCAAACUCAGGUGUCCCUGCUAAGAAAAUGACAUGGGCUUCGAUUGCUAGCCAGCCGGCGAAACCCCAGGCACCGAUGAAGCCAAAAAGUAUCCCACGAGCUCCGGUGUUGCCGUCUAAACAUAACAUGGACAUCGGCACGUGGGAUAUGAAGAAUAACGUUUCGAAUAAGCAGGGGAUGGCACAGCCGAGGCAAGCAUGGUCAGGGGGUGCCCGUCGCGGUAACCCAGGGCCGUAUGCGUCUGGUCCGAAUAUGAAUCGGGGUAAUGACUCUUCGGGAAGUUCAACGGGGAAUGCGAGUGCACGGAAUAGUGAACGUAGCGGCUCUCCGCCUGUUUCGGCAGCCGCUCAAGCGGUGUUGGACAAGUUGAAAGGGGCGAAUCACUACAAUCCUAAGGAAUUCAAUGUGAACUUGAAGUCGGCACGAUUUUUCAUCAUAAAAUCGUACUCUGAGGACGAUAUUCACCGCUCUAUUAAGUAUAGCAUUUGGUGUAGUACAGAACACGGGAAUAAACGCUUGGAGGAGGCGUUCCGAGAGCGGGAAUCUAAGGGGCCGAUUUACCUCUUGUUUUCCGUGAAUGGUAGCGGACAUUUCUGUGGGAUGGCCCAAAUGAUGACGAACCUUGACCCCCAUAAAGACAGUAAUGUCUGGGCGCAGUCCAAGUGGAAGGGACAGUUUGAGGUGAAGUGGAUUUACGUCAAGGACGUGCCCAACAGUCAGCUAAGACACAUCCGCUUGGAGAACAAUGAGAAUAAGCCAGUCACUAAUUCACGCGACACCCAGGAGGUUCCAUUCGAAAAAGGGAAGCAGGUUCUGAAAAUCAUGCACAACUAUCGUAAUACGACGUCCAUCUUCGAUGAUUUUGUGCAUUACGAGAAGCGCCAGGAGGAGGACUCGAGGGAUGUUGUCUCGGAGCGUAGGGAUGCGCCCUCGUCCCGCGAGGGACGCGAGUCCCGCAAGCCCGAGCCGACCUCACCAGCGCCCCCUAGCCGAGACAAUGGACGACGGGAACGUAAUGGCGGUGGCCGGGACCGAAGCGGACGCUAAUCUCUGUUCAUCGGAACGCAUAGCCGUCUAAAGUUUCUUGCUCGAGGAACGAAACAAGACGUGCGAGAGGCUGGAUUUCUGCCGCCUCGUUUGUUUCAAUUAUAUGUUUUCUCUUAGACUAUUGUACAAAUAAUGACAGCUUGAUGUGAGUAAAGCCCAACUACAAAAAACAUGGAUAAUAAAUGAUACAAUUACUGCUGUGGUGGGUUUAUUAGACUCGGUUCAAAUCAUUGUGAAAAUGUGAGCUGGAAACUUGAAGAAUAAAACAGUGAUAUUCCUAGCGGGCAACCGCUUACAAACUGAAGGGAUUCUAACGAAAUGAACGAUGGAAGAACCCUCUUGUGUCCAGGCCCCGGCGCGUUUUUACCCCCGUGUCGGACCUGCUUUCAGAUUGGAUAUUCUCAGGCAAAAACUGAAUUUUUACAAAUCUAUGGCGACCUCUACGGAGUGAAUACGUACUUUGACCUUGUAGGUCAAAUUGUGUGACCUCUGUAAGGUCAAAACAGUGAUACAAUAUUACAGACACUAGUGUUUUUAACACGGACACUUGGAUGUGCAACUUGGAUUAUUAUCCGCAAGUUUUAGCAAACCCAAAAACUGGUACAAUUUUCCUUUUUAACAAAUCAUAACAGACUACAAGAAUGAAAUUGAUGAUUCUGAACGGGCUAUGAUGAUUAUUAUUAUUAUAUAUAAACAUUAACUAAUUCUAGUGAUGUGGAGGUUUCUGGUCGCUUGGCAACAGUUGCUAUGCUGUUACCGUUGGCGACAGACCUGGUGACGUUCCACAUUUUGUAGGUGAUGAGCUGCGGUCUAUCAACUUGACAUUUUAUUUUAGUUCUCGGAGAUCGACUGUCUCCCGAUCUUCACUAGGAGCAUGUGAUUGGCUGGGCUUAUUGGAGUUACGCAGUAGAUGGCGAUUGAUGCCAUUGUGGACAGUUUGUGACCAAGCGUUGCGCAGCAGACGAAUCUGGAUGAGACCAUAUCAAAAAUCCACCCGCUUACGUGUUAUUGGUCAACCUGCAAUGUGUUAUUGAAGAAACGAAAACAAAGAUAUGGCUAAGGUUAAAAUGUAUAAAUUUUGUCAACUUUGGUGUGAAACAAACACAAGGAAUUAAUAGAUGUCGGCCUGCUUACUCUUGUUUCACCUAUGUAAGACCGGUCAAUUUGUGAUUUCCAAAUUUCAAGAAAAGCCAAGCUCGAAAACACAACUUGGCGAGCUAUGACCAGAAGCCAACUUGGUGUUGUGAACUCAUUGUCUGUCUAAAUUGAACAGGUUCAAUUGCAUCUGAAGACCAUGUGCUAUAUCAAUCCUAAAUUGAAUAUUCAGAUCUGGUCUUAGAUAGGUGAAGUAGAGUAUAUCUAUUGUCAUUUUGGUUGUCUCCGUGACAGAAUAAUAUUUGAUACAGCAAGUUGUCGGCCCUCUCAAUUGCGCCAAAACAUCAUUAUGUGCGCCCGGAAAGGUGGAGGGUCAAAAUUGUUUUGAUCGUUGAAGCAUUUCCCGGAGAUUUAGAUGCUGAAAUCUGCACCUAAGCACUUCUAAAAGUUGGUAUCCUUAAUUUUGCCGAAAAAAGGGUGAUCUUUUGUGCGAACACAAUGAAAUCAUGGUAGGGUGUGUCUCAAAUUACAUGUAUGCAAUUGAGUGGUUAAUAAAGUGAUAUGCCUCACUUCAAUCCAAAUUUCAAUUUUAAAUUUUAAACUUUCAUGCUGGUAGCCUCUUUCCUGGUGUUAGUUUUGAAACUCGCAGAGUGUCCCAGAUAUUGUAAUUGAGAGGCCGGCCUUUGGAUUGAACCUGUUCUGGACAAGGACAUGGAAAAGUUUCCAUGUCAACACGUUUUCUUACCAUGUCGCAGGUCUCAUCUAUGCGUUAACCAGAGAAAAUGUCUUGGAACUUUUCUUCAAUAGUUCAGAGAAGAUCUAUUCGAAGCUAAUGAAUUUUUCGACAGGGUCAUUUCAGAUUUUUGAUUGAGUUGUGGACCAGUACACUUAGUUGUCUCUGGCUGUUACAAAUGUUCCAUAGGAAGGAAGGUGUGAAAUAAUUUCAUGACUUUUGUCUAAAAAAAUUGAUGGGCCACCACUCCGUCACUCAGUAUUUUAAACCCAGCGACAAAACUUGUAGCCCUUACGCUAAAUGUUGGGCUAAAUCAAAUCAAAGUCUUGAUAAAAACCUAAACAUCUGGAUUCAUCUAAGAUUUUUUCCCCCUGCGCAAGAUACUGGCUUGGCAUACUAGUUCAACAGCGAGGAUGAACAACUUUAUACCGUCUGUUUUUGGCUCGACUGCAAGGCCUAGUUUUUGAAGGUUUCAUAUUGUCACUGUUUGCAUGUCACAACAAGCAUAUUUGACUUGAGCUUGAAAACAUGGCAUAGCACAACCUGUGGAUGGAAAGUGACACAGUGAAUCAUAAAAAUAUGCAUGUAGCCCGCUCUUUGGGAGUGACUCAUUUGUUCUUUAUUCACCAAUGACAAGUGAAAACUGGCAGGUUACGGAUGACAAGUUCUAAUCAAAACGUGGUUACAUAUAUGUAAACGUGAACCUUAUGUAAACCUGGUCUCAUACGCAUGGUGAGGUUUCCAAUAGUGUUGCCCAAUAAAGGUCGCUUCAGUUGGCACUUAAGCAUCUGCACAUAA